AGGUGGCGUUGGCUGUCCCCAACGGCAAGUGUACACUAUUGUUGUCGGUUACAGUUCGUCCCUUUAUCACAAACCAACGCAGCGAGAGGAUUCAAACCACGCACGUAGUGUAGUGACCUUCACACAGUGCCAUACUACACCUGACGACUGCUAAAGGAUUUUACGACACCAGCUUUCUUUACGUGGUCUAUUCUGUCCGGCAUCAGCAAGGCAAGUGGGUCAGUACUCAGUACGCGCCAGUGGGUAGCCCCGUAAGUAUUGAGAAAUGGAGGUUUGCGUAGACAACGUGGAGUCAGCAGUGAAUGCAGCUGCUGGAGGCGCAUCACGUCUAGAACUGUGCAGUGCACUAAGUGAAGGAGGGCUGACACCAACAAAAGGCUUAUUGACGAUCAUAAAAAGAUUGAUUUCAAUUCCAGUUUUUGUUAUGCUGAGACCAAGAAAAGGUUCAGAUUUUGUUUUCUCCGCCGACGAACUGGAGGCAAUAUAUACGGAUGCAUUAGUGUUAAGAGAAGCAGGCGCAGAUGGUUUCGUGUUCGGUGCUCUUACCCGUAGAGGCGACGUUGAUAUAGCAGCGUGUAGGCGUGUACUUGAAAUUGCGUCCGAUAAACCCGUGACCUUCCACAGAGCAUUUGAUGUAACAUGCGAGCCAUAUGGGGCGCUGGAAACGAUCAUAGACCUUGGCUUCUCGAGAUUACUAACAAGCGGCCAAGCAUCGUCGGCAGAAAAAGGAUUGGAACUUAUUAAGGAACUUAUACUAAGGGCAAGAAACAGAAUUAUUGUCAUGCCAGGAGCAGGAAUAACAAUAAAAAAUUUGCCAGUAAUACUAAAUGAAACCAAAGCGAGAGAAUUUCAUGGCUCUGCACGCAUUCCGAAACAAUUAGUUUUGAGAAAAAUUAAUUGUUCAAUGGCGUCUGAUGAUGAUUCUGCGAUGCUUGUUACAAGUACUGAUGUGGUCAGAGAAAUGGUUAUCAUAUUUUCAUCAUAUGCAUGAAUGGAUCCUCAAUUCCUUGUGUUGCGUGUGCUGGCAGCUUGUUAAAGAUGUGUGUCCAACAAAGCAGAACUCCUCUCUGAAGCAAGAGCAUAGAUAUGA